AAACGUACGAUGGAUAUCCACACACAAUCGAGGGAUGUAUAAUGGGGGUGUGUACAUAAUCACGGUUGCAUGUGUGUGGAUAAAACAAGACGAAGCCAUUCAUAAUCGUGCGAGGAUUUCACACACGGCCACCACACACAGAUAAUACACAAACGUCAAUCUACCGAUUUGGGGUCAGAGAGGAACCCAAACAAAUUUGUUGGUCAACAUCAUUAAUCCUUCAACCAAAACGCAAUCCAAGGAGCUUCUUACGUAUUGAUUUUCUUCAUCUUUUUAAGGAGGAAAAAGGAAGGAUUAUAGAUUCACCUUCCAAUGCCGUCAUUUUUCCUGAUGGGGUUUCGAACGGUCAUUUUGAUCGUGUCCAAGAUAUGGGAGUUUUUCUGCUAUCAGAUCCGGAAAAACACACGGAAGGUUUUCGAAUAUCAGACGAUUCGAUAUGACACAGCACCGCUUUCACCUCUUUCCAGUCACAAACUUUCAUUAGUAAAGAGAAAAAUCCUAGUGUUAGACUUGGACGAAACGUUGGUACAUUCACAGCAUGUCAGCUCAACGUUAAGACCAAAUAGACCAAGUAUACCUCCAGAUUUUGUACUUAAGGUUACAAUAGACUCUGUUCCUGAAAGAUUUUAUGUCUACAAAAGGCCGCAUGUGGACUUCUUUCUUAGCGUAGUUAGCCAAUGGUUUGAGUUGGUAGUCUUCACAGCAAGUAUGGAGAUCUAUGGAUCGCCCGUCGUUGAAAAAUUAGAUAACGGUAGAGGCUUACUUCAAAGAAGAUACUAUAGACAGCAUUGUACGUUAGACUCAGGGAGCUAUACAAAGGAUUUAUCAGCAGUACAUCCAGAUCUGUCAAGUAUAUUCAUCGUGGAUAACUCUCCCGGUGCUUACAGGCUCUUUCCAGAUAACGGCAUCCCCAUUGUAUCAUGGAUGUCCGAGCCGAGUGACACGGGGCUUCUCAAUCUUCUUCCUUUCCUAGACGCCCUGCGCUUCACGGGCGACAUCCGCUCCGUUCUUCGGCGAAACACGAGCCUUCCGCCACCCCCGCACCUGCCCUCCUCAUAGCACCCCUCUAGAGUAUACUUUUUAAUCUAAAUCCGGGUCAGGAUUCACAAAGAGUUAAGAGUGACUGAAAAAAAAGAAAUCACACUUAAAUUUCCUGUGUGGUGUUUAAUACUUUGCCUCACUGGUCAGACUGUGUUUUGACAUGAUCUACCGCAUAUUUAUCAUGCGUUGGGUACUCUGUUCGCAUUGUCAUUUAAAGGACAAGUCCACCCCAACAAAAACUUGAUUUGAAUAAAAAGAGAAAAAUUCAAAAAGCAUAACACU